AUGGAUGAAUCACGGGUCGACCCGUUUUGCCACCCUAGCUCGGGAAAGCUCCUGCUCCCGUCUCUUCUAUCUGCCCCCGCUUUUUUCCCCCCUUCACAAACCGCAUGCAAGGCACGUGCGGGUCCGUGCUUCUCGCGCAAGUUACAUAUUGCAAUCCCCUCGAAGGUUCGAAGCGCCAUUAAAUAUCAUUUGAUCUCAAUUCAAAAGCAGAAUCGUGCAGAAGAAGCAUUGAGGAGCAAUCAAGCUUGCUUACAUCCGAAGGUAGACGAAGAAGAGCCUCGCUUGGGAAGCAGGAUGGCACAAUCGGCAAGAGCGAGCUCGCUGAAAUCAGCCGCGGUGGUGUUCGGAGCCCUAGCUUUCGGGUGGCUGGCAAUAGAGUUGGCGUUCAAACCCUUUCUCGACAAGGCUCGAACUGCCAUGGACAAGUCCGACCCCAACCGCGACCCCGACGACGUCGACGGCGGCAGCGACGCUGCUCCAAAGUCGCCAGAUGGCGGCGAUCUUCCGAUUGAUGAUGUAUAAUUAAUUUGGGGAUUUGUUUAAAAAAUCAAUGAAUUUAGAUAUUUUGAAAGUUUAAAUUUAGAGUUAUUUUGUGUAAUAUUAGUAUUUUGAAGUUAUUUUAUAAGUACUUGUUUUAGUUGAAAUUUCAGAACUCUAUUUACUAUCA